AUGCAUUUACCACGGAGGCGGCGGCUACGGAGGAACCGAAUCUUYUUCUUGCUUGCCAUAGUGUUGGUCCUCUCUUUCUACCAGCUCCAGUUCAGYCCCUCUGCCCUUCCAGCAUCCCACAGAGCCCUCCAAUCCAUGGACCCUGUCAAAGUGACCUCCAUGGAUCUCCCCAGCAACAAGACUGCUGUAAGAGGCAAUGCCACAGCACCCAAAAUAAGGCACUGUAUCUAUGUGGAUCCUGAGCCAGCUGUGCCCAUCACUACAUCAGUGGGUACAACACCACAGCAAGAAAAUACCAGUGAAAGCUCCCCAGAUGAAAAACCACAUGAGUCCAAAGGAGAAUAUCCUCAGGACCUAUUUAGUGUGGAAGAACGCAGGCAAGGGUGGGUUGUGCUUCACAUCUUUGGCAUGAUGUAUGUGUUUGUGGCCUUGGCCAUAGUGUGUGAUGAGUAUUUUGUCCCUGCUUUGGGAGUGAUCACUGAGAAGUUGCAGAUCUCUGAAGAUGUGGCUGGAGCCACCUUCAUGGCAGCAGGUGGAUCAGCACCAGAACUCUUCACCUCCCUCAUAGGGGUCUUCGUCUCACACAGCAAUGUUGGCAUCGGUACCAUUGUGGGCUCAGCGGUGUUUAAUAUCCUCUUUGUCAUUGGCACCUGUGCCCUCUUCUCAAGGGAGAUACUCCACCUGACRUGGUGGCCCUUAUUUAGAGACAUCUCAUUCUACAUUGUAGACUUACUGAUGCUCAUCCUGUUUUUCCUAGACAGUGUCAUUGAUUGGUGGGAAAGCCUCCUUUUACUGACUGCCUAUGCCACAUAUGUGCUCACCAUGAAACAGAAUGUGUUCCUAGAGCAGUGGGUGAAGCAGGAGCUGAACAAGAAGCUGAGUGCUGUGCAGGCAGCAUCAGCAGAGCACAUGCAGAAGAUGAGCUCUGGGGCAGUUGCAGAAGAUGGAACAAUGAAGCCACCAGAUGUGAGGAAGCUGCAGCCUGGACCAUCCUUGCAGCGUGGCAGCAGCUCGACCUCCCUGCACAACUCUCAGAUGCGUGGCACCAUCGUCCAGCUCAUGAUCUACACCCUGGACCCCCUGGCAGAAGCAAAAUUUAAAGACAGGGUUGACAUCCUGAGCAACAUGGCCAAGGCCAGGGCUGAGACCCUGGAAGGACAAGGCUCCCCUCCAGAAGAGGAAAAGAAAGCACCGAGCACCRUCCAGGUAACUCCUGCCAGUGACUCUGAGCCCAGCAAAGACAGACAGAAGGCAGAUGUGCCACAGGAUGGACAGCCCCUGUCAAGCAGUGACACCUCAGACGACAGCAGCUCUGAGAGCCAGGACAGUGAUGGUGACAGCACAGAGGGUGAUGAAAGCGAUGAGCCCUUAUCUCUUGAAUGGCCAGAAUCAAGGAAAAAACAAGCAAUUUACCUUUUCCUCUUUCCCAUUGUUUUUCCUCUCUGGASCACUCUGCCUGACGUCAGAAACCCAGACUCAAAAAAAUUCUUUGUCAUCACAUUUUUUGGAUCCAUCCUCUGGAUUGCUGCAUUCUCUUACCUCAUGGUGUGGUGGGCUCACCAGGUUGGUGAAACAGUUGGGAUAUCAGAGGAGAUUAUGGGGUUAACCAUACUGGCAGCAGGCACAUCCAUCCCUGACCUCAUCACCAGUGUCAUCGUGGCACGGAAGGGCUUAGGGGACAUGGCUGUGUCCAGUUCCGUGGGCAGCAACAUCUUCGACAUCACUGUUGGCUUGCCAGUUCCCUGGUUCCUUUUUUCUAUCUUCAAUGGCCUCAGCCCCGUAGCAGUCAGCAGCAAUGGUUUGUUUUGUGCAAUUGUUCUCCUUUUCCUCAUGCUCUUGUUUGUGAUUAUUUCCAUUGCUAUCUGCAAAUGGAAAAUGAACAAACUACUAGGGCUCACUAUGUUUGCUCUUUACUUCGUAUUUCUGAUCAUCAGUGUGAUGUUAGAAGACAAGAUAAUAUCCUGCCCAGUAUCAGUAUGACGUGGACAAUUCAAGAUGUGUGUGAGGAUCCAGCAACAU